AUAGUUUUCGUUAAAAUAUACAAAUAGUAUAAUAAUUGAUAGGUUUUAGAAAAAUUUAAGAAGGACAUUUUAAAAGAGAUGAAAACAAACAAUAAAAAUGACGAUAAGGACAACACAAUAUAUAACAGAGAUUUUAAAUGGCCGAAAAAAAGCAAACAAGUAAUAAUAAAUAAAGCACCAACGUGUACACUCUGUACAAAUAAAGGCCAAGAAAAAAAUAAAUCUAUAGCAACGGAAGAAUAUGAAAAAAAAAUUAAAGAUUUUCAAGCGCUUUUUGAUAGAUUUCCAUACCUGAAAGAUGUGAUAUGUAAAAUGAGUACCGAUGAAAUAGACAAUUUGGUAAAAGAAAAAAAUACAACUGUGUACGAUUCAGAUUAUAAUAAGCCAAAAUAUCAAGGUUACACUAAUUGUGCAAAAGAAAAUUAUGAAGCCGUUGACGAUGACGAUGAACCAUUUAAACAUGACGUAAGGAUUAGGCUAAAAAAACCUCAUGUACAAAGAUCGGGAGUAAAAUAUUCAGGAAUUUCACCACCUGAACCAUACGUAGUUCCAAUUUCUGAAUACCGUUCUACAAUACAUUCAUUAGGGACAAGAAUAAUAAAAGAACAAUUAAUGGUUCCAAAAACAACAUAAUUUAAUGAAAAUGUAUGAUUUUUUAUUAUCUUAUAUUUUUAUAAAAUAUAAAAUGUCAAAAAUUUACGUAAAUAAAAUAUGAUUUCUUGAUU